GUGACAUGCGCGAUAGAGCCUAUGAUGGCAGUAUGGCGUGUGUGUGAAGGUGAACGUUAGCUUUAGCGUCAAUAUAAUUAAUUUUACCCACAGUUGUAAUUUAAUUCGGGCUAAAUACGUUUGACGAGCGGUUUUUACAGUGUGUAACUAAUUCUCCACUGACUGCAGACUCAGUCAUGGCCGGUCUGUCCAGCUAUGCCGUGCGCAUGGCAAGACUGAGCGCUCGGAUCUUCGGGGAUGUUGUGCGUCCAACAGACUCCAAAUCUAUGAAGGUGGUCCAGCUGUUCCAGGAGCCUCCCAUGGCCAAGAGAAAGGAGGUGUUUGACUGGUACCCACAGCACAAGAUUUACUAUGCCAUGACCCAAAAGCUCAGAUUCAUGGGACUUUUCAGGGAUGAGCAUGAAGACUUCAAAGACGAAAUGCGUCGCAUGAGGAAACUAAGAGGAAAAGGAAAACCAAAGAAAGGAGAGGGGAAGAGAGCGGGGAAGAAGAAAUGAGCUGUAACAUUUCUGCUACUUCACCUUUUCACAGGACUUAUGUUUUUUGCUUUUCCUGGAGACAGACAGUGGUGGACUGUGUACAUUAUUGUGGGGGAGGGCCGCGAAUCCUGAAACAAUCCCAUGGGUCUAGCCACAACUGUCCAGUGCUUUGAAGCUUCACUAUGUUGGCAUGAAUAAUACCCUAGGUCAGCAUUACACACAUGCAACAUUCUCAUCUAUGUCUGUUGUACUCAAUGGAAUUCCAUUUGUUUAAUGUUGAAUGUGUCUGAUUUAAGUUGCAGGGGGUGAACCAGUAUGGAGAAAGAAAUAGCCAAUCAAAUGCUAUUGGAUACUAGAAAAACAAGCUAAUCACUAUGAUCAUACGUACACAUACAACAUUUACAGGCCUGUGGUCAUGUCUUUUCACCAUUCAUGGAUUUAUAGCAAAUUUGGGUCUAUUGCAGCUGUACUGCACCUCAUGUCAACUUUGGAGUUUUGAGCUUAACUCAGCGCAAUGGCUGAAAAAAUGAUGUAAAGAAACAGACAUCUUUCAUGUUUUUUCAAAAUAAAAUCAAUGUGAGGAAUGUGCUGUUCAAAAAUGCUACAAUAAAACCACAACACAGUACACA